AUGACACAGUACACAUCUAAUGUUUUGAAUUUGGAGCUUAUCCGGUUUCUUGUUGAGCAGGACACGGCUAUACUCACACCUCCAGUAAUGGGAAAGGUCGCAGACAUCGAGCUGUGGUACGCGAAAGAGAGAGGGGAGCUGGAAAGCAGGACAGUAGAUGUAGAGGAGGCUUUUACGAGAGCAUCAGCCCGAAGGAGUCGCUUCUGGGGCGAUCUCCGUGAGAUCGCGGCUUGUAGUCCGGGCUGUAUCAGCUUCACGUCGCAAGACGUUCCGUGUCCACGGGACGCAGUGAUUAACUAUGUCGACGUUCAAACACUGCGUAUCAUGUACGAGUCUGUGAGCCCGGGACAUGCUCCCGGUGGCCACCAGCAGCAGUCAAAAGCGGAGCAGCCAAAAAUGACUCUUUUGGUAGACCGUUUGCUGGAGGCGCUGAACUCCACGGCUGCACAGACUCCUAAUCAGCAGACUCUGGCCCGCUUGGAGCAGGUUUUGGCUGAGAAGCCGGCAUCGUAUGUCCUCGGACGCGAAAGGGCCCAAAAACUCACCCAUCACAGCAGUUUUAUCCCCAUCUGCGGUCACCGCAACCAUUCACAGGUCCUUUCCAGCCUUUGUACCAUAUCUAACAACAAAAUCGCGGCGCUCGAUGGUAACAAGCUCCAGAACGCGGACCAGGGAUGUCCUGGGAUUGCGAAAUGUGCCCAGUCCAAGAUCCACUAUAUACCGAUUUCGAAGCCACAAACAGACUCCUCCCUCGGCGAUUGUUCCUACCUUGACACCUGUCAUAAGAUGAACUCGUGUCGGUACGUGCACUACCUACAAUACGUCCCAGAAUCGCUGGUUAAUAACGCGGCGCAUCGCAACCAAGAAAAGAACCAGCAGUCCAAGCUCAACCAGGCCAUAUGUCUGUACACACGGGGUUUCCGUUGCGCAGGGGCCACAGCUCCACAGCUGCCUGCACAAUGGAUCCAAUGCGACGUCCGUAAGUUUGAUUUCACCGUGCUAGGCAAGUUUUCUGUUGUCGUGGCCGACCCAGCGUGGAACAUCCGCAUGAACCUCCCCUACGGGACCUGCAAUGAUUCUGAACUCAGUAACCUGCCUCUGGAUAUUUUACAAAAUGAAGGCAUCAUCUUUUUGUGGGUCACCGGCCGUGCCAUCGAAGUGGGCAAAGAAUCUUUGCAAAAAUGGGGAUACGAGGUGUGCAACGAAAUUUCCUGGAUAAAAACCAACCAGCUGGGCCGCACUAUCGUGACUGGACGCACUGGUCAUUGGCUCAACCACUCCAAAGAGCAUCUCUUAGCUGGAAUUAAGGGCUCUCCUCAGUGGCUCAACAAACAAUCAGAUGUUGACCUGAUUGUAUCUGCCAGUAGGGAAACCAGUCGUAAGCCGGACGAGCUAUACGGGAUGAUCGAACGUCUAGUAGGGCCACAUGCUCGGAAACUGGAGAUUUUCGGCCGCGACCACAACACUCGACCAGGAUGGUUUACCAUCGGAAACCAAAUCAACGGUGAGAAUAUUUGCGAGAUCGACGUGAAAUUUAAAUACCGCAACUCUUUGCGCAGACGGAAAUCUCAGCGUCCCAUUCCCCACCCAACUACAGUCUGA